GCUGCUGCAUCAUGUGGCCAGGCGAAGACUUGCUACAUUGGAAUCAACAUGCUGGUUAGGCGAAGCUGGGCUUCGCUGCCUCUCCUGUGGCUGGUGGGAAGCUUGGCGAGGGAUCCAGCGGGUUACAGGCGGAAGGUUUCUCUGGAAUACAACCCUGGUUCAAACAGCUCUGCCAACAACCUCUUGCACAUCCAGGCUGUGGGCCACAAUGAUACAAUCCAUUAUGUGUGGAGCACCAUUGGGGCACCGACAGUGCUGCUGGUGUACACAGGAAGCCCAAACAGCACCCUCCAUGUGAACUGGACCAAGCUCUUAUCUCCGUUUUCCUCUGGAGCCAUCCACGUUGAACCCACCAGCAGUGUCUUGUAUUCCACAGCAGUGAUCUUCACCAAGGUGUUUGAAUAUAAUGGUGCCAACACGUCAGAUCUCUUCAAGGUCCCUAUGGAUGAGUUCUACCCAACCUACAAUUUGGCCAAUUUUACCUGGGAAAGCCUCGGUGGUAAGAUAAACGAGACCAUGCUGACAGCUACAUUUCAAGGUGUUUCCUCAAACCCCCAUGAAGCCUUUGGGAAUGGCAGUAUAUCUUUCCAGGUGACGGCUUAUGAGGAGAGUGGCCGUGACACCCGCCUCCCCCAUCUCUUCCACACAGCCAACUGCUCCAAGGUCAACUUUGUCAUGAAUGGGGUGCCUCCACGGGGCAACCACUCCCGCUUUGCUCUGGAGAUCGUCACAGUGGAAGAGAGAGAGGAGCACAAGCGGCUGGAAUCCCUCCGCUCCAUUGAUGACGAAUAUACCCCAACAAUCUUUGAGAUGGCACAGCUGGUUUCUGUGCCCCAAAACCACAGUACCAUGUCUAGCUUCUUCCAGUGGAAGACGACAGCAUACAGCUCCCGGCGUCCUGAGCGGGCGGACACCAUCCACUGCCAGUAUUAUACUCUGCAGACGACCAACUGCACGGUUCCCAGGCCUAGCAUAGCCCAUGCCUAUUUUGGAGAGGAGCUUGAGAGUCACCAUGGUGUGGCCGGCAUCAAUAUUUCAUUUGGCAGUGAGGACAGCGAGGCCUAUGAAGAGAGACGCUACUUGAGCUGGUCUGCCUUGAUUGGAUUUGGUGAACCACCCGAGGACACUUUUUCCACCUUAGUGAUUGCUAUCCUUGCAGUUGGGUUAGGAACUCCAGUGGUGUUGUUGGUUGCAGGGAGCAUCACCGUACUUUUCAAACAGAAGAAACGGUAUUCUGAAUACGAACCAAUCAAUUGAUCAUUGUGAAGCCAGCGAUUGUCUCAGGCUAUGUGAACAACUUUGAACUUUUUCUGGUGUUUUUUCCAAAGGGAAGCUGCUGUUGGGGCAAAUUAUUUACAUUUGCUACAGGAUUGCCUCAUGGUAGCAUAACUGAUAUCUCAAUCAUGUUCUCAAGAGUGGAUGUUCUGAUACAUUUUAAUAUUUUUGGGUAUCCUUGACAAACAUGGUGCUACCUUGCGGGGGGGAAGGGGCUGUACUUUCUUCUCCUGACAUGUAGCUUAUUGUGAAGCAAAGAAAAGAACAGUUCACCUGCUUCAAAUGACCACUUUUUUAACAUGUUAGCUUCUAAGUAUACUUGAAAUUAUACACCAUUUAAUGUAUUCCUCUAGGAUGCAUGGGAUACUGUUUUCAGUUCCAGUGAGACUCUAGUCCUACAUAUAUCAUGUCCAAAGUAAUUGUGUUUUUGUUUUGUGUGUAUGUGUUUUAAAUUAGGUACACUGAAUAAGUUGGAUUUACUUUCCUUCCUCCCAUAUCUUCCAAGAAAUUUUGGGCCCUAAGGAAAGCAGAAUUUGUGGGCUUUUGUUCUCAGUUCACACAGACAUUCAGAUGAAAAUAUUUACAUGAUACUUUUUUUCUUUUGCCUGUCCAUAGAAAAUUCUGCCUUGAAAGCAGGGAGGGGGCUUUUCUCCAUUUUUCCUCUUACUUACCAAAAGCUGGUUUUGAAAUUGUCCCUCUCUUUAGCUUUGAGAUGUCUUUUCAAUCAGCAUUCAGACCUCCCCUUUACUUUCCCCCCCAACAAAAAAAAACCCCUUUGCUUUGCCUUUAAAACAAAACUUUGUCUUCUUAAUGCAAGUGUUACAUUCAUAAAUAAUUACUAAUAUUUUUGAUACUGCUGCUAAUUUCUCUGGUUGAGGCUCCUGUGUCUUUAAGAAAUGAAGUCCUUCUCCUUCAGGCAUGGCAACAGUUUCUAUUGAUAUGAAUGACUUUAUUUCUAAAAAAAAAUCCUUUUUUAUUUUAAAAGCUUAUUACUAGUUGUGAUGUUUACAGGCUGUGCUGGCCUCUAAAGAGACAAAAUUGCACUGUUCAUAAAGUCAUGCACCUUUUUUUCUUGUAGAGGUUAGCUCCCCUCCCCCAAAUAUACGGCAUAUUAAUAGAUUAUUGAUUUCCCCCACCACAAGGCUGGUUCUAUUUGACCUUCCUAUUGGGUCUCCUGAGCAAAGGAUGGCUUCUGCCAAGGCCAAGUUAAACCUUUCAAGCCAUGGUGGGGAUCAGGUAAUUUUAAAAUUGAGGACUGCUGUCAGCCAUUUUGUUUCUCUCCCACAGGGGUAGCUGUUAGUGUGCCUUGCUGUAGGACACUGAGGCUCUGGUGCCAGAUGCUGGUGGAUGGGCAUGUUUCAUGGACCCUGACCUAUUAGAAGAUUCCCCAGCCAUCUAGGUCCCUUAGCAGGGUCCUUGGUGGGCACAACAUGAUCUUCGCUAGCCCUACUUCUAGCUUCUCAACCUAAGAGAAUUUGGGGAAGUUUUGGGGCCACAUUUCCAGAAGGUACCUGAUGAACUGGAAGUUCCCAUUGAGAUAUGGCCUUCAACUGAGCAAUGGUAACAGUUUUCCUUUAAGUGUGUGUGCCUUUCAGGAUGGAUGUACUUGCAGUUUUUACUUUGCACAGAACUGUAGCCAAACUGAUGCUGUGGUUUUUGGAGGGAGCGGGCUUCUGGGUUAUUUUCUCUCUCAUGUCAUCUGUCUUGGACCAAUUAAAGAAGUUUAUUUUUUUCCA